UGUCUAUAUAUAGCAAGAUGGAGCGGCCAUGGUGGCUGUGAUUUAGGGGAUCGCGGAGGUCGAAACGGCGUUGAAUCAGUGAGCAGCAAAGCAAUGGCUUCGAAGCUCCAUUCUAUCUUCUCUAUGCUUCUUUUGCUUCUCACUCUAUCUGAUUCAAUAGUUCCAAUUGUCAGCCUUGGAGUUGGAAUUAACUAUGGCCAAAUUGCAAACAAUCUUCCCUCUCCCAGCCGUGUUGCGAACCUCCUCGGAUCCCUCAACAUCAGCAGAGUAAAACUUUACGACGCUGAUCCAAACGUAUUAAGCGCAUUUGCCAAUUCAAAUAUCGAUUUUAUCAUUGGACUUGGCAAUGAGUAUCUUUUAAAUAUGACUGACCCUUUAAAAGCUCAAAACUGGAUUGAACUGAAUGUUCAACCCUUCAUUAGCCAUACCAAAAUCAGUUGCAUCACUGUUGGAAAUGAGAUCUUAACGGGCAAUGAUACUCAAUUAAAGUCUUAUCUUCUCCCGGCAAUGCAAACCGUUUAUGGAGCUCUCCAAAAUCUUGGGCUAAGCAAACAAGUCUAUGUGACAACCGCCCAUUCCCUAGGAAUCUUAGGCAAUUCCUUCCCUCCUUCCUCAGGAACUUUCCGGCCAGAUCUUGCUGAAUACAUUGAGCCCAUUCUCAACUUCCAUUCUCUAGCCAACUCACCAUUUCUCAUAAACGCAUACCCAUUUUUUGCAUACAAAGAUAACCCAGGUCAGGUUCCAUUGGAUUAUGUACUUUUCCAGCCUAACUCGGGGACAAUUGAUCCUGUUACAAAUUUGACCUAUAAUAAUAUGUUAUAUGCUCAAAUUGAUGCUGUUUACUCAUCAAUGAAAGCAAUGGGGCAUACGGAUGUUGAGGUCAAGAUUUCUGAGACAGGUUGGCCUUCUAAAGGGGAUCCUGAUGAAGCAGGAGCCACACUACAGAAUGCAGAGUUAUAUAACGGUAAUUUGUUGCGUUUGAUAGAGGAGAGGCAAGGUACUCCAGCAAACCCAUCAGUACCAAUCGAUGUAUAUGUUUUUGCACUUUUCAAUGAGGAUUUAAAGCCUGGUCCGGCAUCAGAGAGGAACUAUGGGCUGUACUAUCCUAAUGGUACCCCUGUUUAUAAUAUUGGGUUACAGGGUAACCUUCCACAGAUGAUUAUAAAUUCAGCUCCCAAGAUAAAUGCCUUGUCUAUUUUAAAUCUUUUGAUUUUUACCAUAGCAAGCUUAAUCUGUGCUUGAAAGCCACAAAUUCAUUGUCACUAAAUUGAGGGGGAGGGAAUGAUAAAGAAGAAAGGAGGGCUCUUGGGCAUCAUUGAUAUUUUCUCCCCAUAGAUCACAGGGAGAUCUUAAGGGAGUCAGUCAAUCAUGGGAGAACUUUCAUUACCGUCAUUUUGUGUUACGUAAUGCUAAAUUUUGCUUCCCACCAGUGGAUCAGGGAAAUUAUGUACUUGUACUUCACCGGAUUCAUUAUAGAUGAAAACAAUUACUUACCAAACCUCCUUUAAAGGUAAUUCAUUGAGAAAAUAGAAAUAGAUAAAUAUUUUUUGACAAUAAUGUGAAAUUAUGGGCAGUUGAACAAUAAUAAGUGGGGAAUACUAUUCUUUAACAAACAUUUAAUAAUGGAUUAGCUUAGUGCAACAGAUUUUACAUUUGGUUAUAUGAUUGUCUUGAGGGGUGUCACCUGCUACAACUUUGUAACUUAAAUCAUUUAUUAGCUAGCAAAUACUUGUAAAAGCGUAUAUUGUUUCGCUCUCGUGUUACCUACUCUUAUCUUUCUUAUUUUUCAUUAAUUUAACGAAUUAAAAAAUUACCUGCAAA